AUGGAGUAUUUUUUAAAUCAUCCAGUGGUCAGAGAGUACCUCGAACCAUUCACAAUUAAAGAUUGGAAGCGAAUAUUGCUUGGAUUAAUACUGCAAGGAAUUAAUUCGGCUAAUACCCAAAAUUUAGACUCCAAAGACUGAGCUUAAACUAUUAGACAUGUUGAGGAGCCCACUGUAAUGCUCGAAGGCCUACCUUCUUCCAUGACGCUUCCCGCUUACUCUCCAAUUCGCGUUUUGCUGCAUUUAGAAGGUUGCUCUUGUCGAAGAGGGCCUGUUGCUAUCCAGUAAGUGGAAGAGUUGUGUCACCAUGCUGUACGUGAACAUAGGCUCUCCACGGGGGAAAAUUCAAAAUGGUCGAAUUUUCUGGCCAUCUCUCGACAAAAAUUGAAACAGAAGCUUGGAGCAUAAUUUUUUGAAAGCAGUCACUAUUGGCAAGAAACUAACUUUUGCACUGCGAGGAGAUCCCUUUUCAACUCUUAGCUCCACUUCUGUGAGCAAAAAUUUUGUUAUUCUAUUUAGCUUGGGCUGAUCACCUCAGUGCUGCUGCUCUACUUGCUGAAAUAAAGCCUUUGCAGGAUGCACGAUUUUGGAUGCCAACUCCCUUCCUCAAGAUUCCCAAUGCCUUGCGACAUGUUAUUUAAGAGUUAAGAGGGUGCCACACUAUUUUAACUUAUAUGACUCCAAAGAAGCGCAAAAGCAAAAAAAUAUUGCUAACAAUGGAUUGCUAAAAGAAGAUAAUAAUCCAAAAGUUGAUACCAAAGUUAAAACAAAUAAAGAAAACUGUCAAAGUUUAUCGUUUACUGGGGCAGCAAAGGACGAAAUCAUUAAAGAAACACCAAGAUUUAAAAAUGGACCCGAAAACCCUGAGAUUUUGAACACUCAAAAUAAGUCAAAAGAAGUAAAUCUUUCUCAAGGACACCAUUCAAGCUCUUCAGAAAGAGACAGAAGCCACACAACAAAAAAGCCCAAUGUAAAUGGCAGUGAUUCUUGCCAUUCACAAAGGCAUAAAAAGAAAUCCCCAGAGCAUUCAGCCAGAAAAACAUCCAGAUCUACAUCAUUACAAAUACAAAAUAAAUCAGAGUCCAAAACCCCCACAAGUUCUCAUGUGCCUCAUCUAAUAGAAACUAAUUUUGAUCGCUCUUUAUCAGUAUUUGAUGAGUACCUCAAUAUUCAAAAGCAGAUUGACGCUUUAGAUUUGUUUAACAAAGACCAAGACAAAACAUUUAGUACUUUUACUCCUAAGUACUCUAAAGCAAAUAAUUUUGAUAAGAAGUCCACAAAAAAGCAAGAAGACGGCGACAUAAUGAAUAUCGCUGACUCUUUUCUUAACGGUCCUUUUAUGUCAACUUUCGUCAAAAACUCGACCAUGAGGCUAUCCACAGACAAGGCUGGCCAUAAAACUGAAACAGCGAGGAUUAAGCCGGUAAAAGCAAAGGACCCCGCUGAGCCCAAGUAUCUGUCAAGUAAUUAUUAUUAUGCAAGAAGAAAAUCUAACCCUGGAUGCACACAGAAUAGACAACCUGCAGCUUAA